AAAACUUUCCACUAGCGGGUCUACACAUUCCUGCCCCGCGGUGGAGGAGUCUGCAGUUUGCGCAGCAGCCUGGAACUGUCCACGUUUACACCGCUGCCCCCCUCCUCUGUCCUCCUUCCUGUCCUGUCCUCUGCAUCUGCCCACGGACCGUGCACAUCGUCUGGGACACUUCUCUCAACUGUCACCGCUGCAACAUGUCUCCAGUUUUGACCUCGUUGUGCCUCUUUUUGGCGGUGUGCUCCUCGGUGCAGUCCAACCCCAAUCCUGUUCUGGGAGAUGUAAACGUGGACAGACUUUUCGUGCCUCCAAACUGUGAGAGAGAAGCGACCACCGGAGACCAUGUUCGCUACCACUACAACGCCACGUUUAUGGACGGGAAAACGUUUGAUUCAAGUUACCAGAGAGGAGGGGCUAAGGUGGCUCUUCUGGGUGAGGGGCGUCUGAUCGCAGGGAUAGACAAAGGGCUUCAGGGCAUGUGUGUGAACGAGCACCGGAGGAUCACCAUCCCUCCACACCUGGCCUAUGGCAGCACUGGAGCAGGCGAUGUGGUCCCUCCCGAUGCCACUCUGAUCUUCGACCUCCUUCUUGUUGAUCUGUGGAAUAAUGCGGAUCUCGUUGUUACCAAAACCAUCACCACUCCUAAAGAAUGUAAACGCUCUGUCAUGAGAGGCGACUUUGUACGUUACCAUUUCAACGGCACGCUGCUGGAUGGUAGUACCUUUGACUCCAGCUACACCCGGAAGCAGACCCAGGACACGCUGUUGGGCGAGGGCUGGGUGAUCCGAGGACUGGACGAGGGUCUUUUGGGAAUGUGUGUCGGAGAGAUCAGGAACAUUGUCAUCCCUCCAUUCAAAGGUUAUGGAGAGAAGGGAGCAGGCUCAGAGAUCCCCCCACAGGCCACUCUUGUGUACAAUAUUCUGUUGGUCGACAUUCACAACCCUAAAGACAACAUCACUGUGGAGGACCAAGUGGUUCCUGAGUCGUGCAAACGCAAAUCUGUGGUUGGGGAUUAUAUCCGAUACCAUUAUAAUGGGACUUUCUUGAGUGGAGGCACAUUUGACACCAGUUACCAGAGGAACAGCACGUAUAACACAUACAUAGGAAUGGGCUAUGUGAUCGCAGGCAUGGACCAGGCUUUGAUAGGAGUCUGCACAGGAGAAAGAAGAAGAGUGAUCAUCCCUCCACAUUUAGCAUAUGGAGAACAGGGAGCAGGAAAUGUGAUCCCUCCUUCAGCUGUGGUUGUGUUUGACAUCCACGUUAUUGACUUCCAUAACCCCAAAGACACGGUGGACAUUCAGAUCACCCACAAACCUGAGACCUGCAACGAAACGACCGAAGUCAACGACGUGGUCAAAUAUCACUACAACUGCAGCCUAUUGGAUGGCACCAGACUGUUCUCAUCACAUGACAAUAAUAACAUGCAGGAGACUACGUUGGGCUGGGAUAUGGUGAUCGAUGGUUUGGAUCAGGCUUUGAGGAACAUGUGUGAGGGCGAGAAAAGGAUCAUCACUGUGCCACCACAUCUGGGCCACGGAGAAAGAGGAGCUGAGGGUGUCCCGAGCAGUGCCGUACUGGUUUUUGAAGUGGAGCUGGUGAGCUUAGAGAAGGGCGUCCCAGCUGGGUACCUGUUUGUGUGGCUCGGGGAAGCUCCCACAGAUCUGUUUGUGAUCCUGGACGUGAACAAGGACGAGAAAGUGCUUCAGGAUGAGUUUGAGGCGUUCAUCAAGCUGCAAGUAUCAGAGGGCAAAGGUCGCAUAAAGCCCGGGAUGAGCAUGGAGCAGGUCAUCACGGAUAUGUUUCAGAACCAGGACAGAAACAAAGAUGGCACUAUCACAGCAGACGAGCUCAAACUCAAAGUGGAGGAGGACAGAGAGAAGGAAGCACACGACGAGUUGUGAAGAGGACAGUUUUGUUUUCAUUCAAACUCAGGGAUUCACAUCCAGCAAAACAUAAAAACAACUUAAGACUGUUUCCAUUGAGAUCAAGGUUUAUUAUUGUCUCAAAAUAAGACGUCAACAAGAUUUUUUUUGUUUGUAGUUUUUUGCUGUAUGAUUGGUUGUGUUUGCUAGAAAUGUUCAAGCACUUUUUUGUGUUAGAGUCACUUGGAUUAAAAUCUUUGUUAAAAAAAGUGUAACUUUCUCGUAAAGUAAAAAUGGUU